GUGUGUAUGUGCGCGCUCGCUCGCUCGCUUGCCGCCGCCGACGACGACGACGACGACGCCGCCCGAGACGCGAACAACUUUGCCGAGUCGCAACACUAUAAUAAUAUAUGAUAUYGGUGAAACGCGCGCGAUCACCAACCACCUGCCAGUUAUACAUAUAUAAUAUACGUUGUAAACCAUUAUAAUUACACACACACGUAUAUCUGUCGCAACACAUGCAUACACGUGUAUUGAAUUAAAAAAUAUUUUUUAAUAGUAGCUGCGGUACAAWAAUAAUUUCAAUCGGUUUUUUUAAUUUAAUUUUUUUUUUAUGUGCGUUUUGAUAAAAAAAAAAUAAUAAUAAUAUUAUUUUAAUUGUUAUCGUCGCAGUUCAACGCCACGGCGUCAUACGUCAUAUUAUUUUAUGCGUCGUAGAUCAUCGUUUACGUGAUGUUGCACGGGUAAAAAAACAAAACAAAUACAUAUAGAUUAGCCGUUGCGUGUGCCAUACAAUAUAAUAUUGUUAUAUUAAUCGCGUGCGUCAAUGUUACUACAAUAAUAUCAUCGCCGUGUGUGACGGUGCAGUAAUUACCGCUGCACAAUCGUUAUGUAAUGGUUCGGGGGGGACGACGACGACGAUCGCAACUUAUACUAACCGCCGACGCUGGUAAAUCAAAAAAGUUAAUUAAACUUUUGGACUCCCAACGGCGACGUCGACGGCGGAGACGACGACAAUGUGGGUCUCCUCUUGAACGGUGACACGCCGCUGUUGAAGGACUGUAUCUGCCGCGUCUGAGUGGAGGACAUCGGUGCGCUGUCGCUGGAUAAGUCAGCCGGUGUCGCGGCGGAGUGAUACGCGUUUCCGAAAAAUAUAAACAAUAUUGUAUUACACGAACCAACAACGCCCCACCGAAAUCGAUUUUGCUGUCAAUGCAAGCCAUUGUAAAAAUAAAAUACACACUUCUCUUGUUGCACAACAUCGAUUUUCGUCAUGCAUAAUAGUGGUGAAGAAGGCAAAACGCAUGCCGAACUCUUGCUCCCCGUAUUGUGUCUCAGUACUCUUUUUGUUUYCACCCUAUCGGCAAAAGCCUGACGUACGUGUGUUUUUUACGUCUCCGCUGCUUAAACGAUAUCAUCAGAGCCACUCGUUCGGUACUUAAUACGUUUCGCUGUGCAACCGACAGUCGAUGAAAUCAGAUGCCAAAACGAUGACACUUCGAGUCAAAGCAAUAAAUAUAGUUCUCAAAUUAUUUACGGUGUUGGCCAACCAACAAGCAGAGCACUAUUCACGACUGACUGAUAUUAUGCACUGACUUUAGCUAUAUCACCAACAUGGAACCGGAACAAAAUCGGAAUGGUGGUGGCAGACCAACCACCACCACCACCGCCAACACCAUCAUAACCACUACAACCACAAAUGCAACCACUGCCGUCUACGGCGACCAACAGGCUGUAGAAGCUGCACUAAAUGAGUUCAUCGAUAAAAUGACACCCCGCGUUAACGUGUUGGAGAACGAAGUGAUGUACGCAUGGCGAGCAUUAGACUUAUUGUCAGACGAGUACGUGAAAAUGUGGGAGCGUAUCGAAAAACUAGAAACCAUUAUACAGAAUCAACAGUCCGUCAUUGGGCAAAUGGUUGAGUUAUGUGCAGAUCCGAUUACAUCCCCGUCAACAUACAUGAGACCACCGGAAAUUGGUGACCGCCCCCCCGCACUAAGUAUGAUAUGGGAGGAAUCGGAAGGCAGCAGUAGUAAUGGUACUAAAAAGCCGUCGGAACAGAGGGACGUAGAUUAUAGGACGUAUGAAGAUCGGUUAUUAAAUGAAGACCAGGAAAAAAUGGAUUCCGUCGAGUCUGCCAAAGAGAUAUUCGAAAAUAUAGAACAAAUGGAGAGAAACAUGCGACAACUGUACGCCGAAGCCCAGUUGGACAGUUGGAACGACGAAACGGAAAGAGCGGCAGCUGCUCUAGAUUUUUAUCCAAUUAACAAGCCACUCACGUCAUCAGUGGGAAACUUACAAAAUCGUAUGUAUCCUUAUACUUCUCCGUCCAUUCGAUCGCUACCCACGAUCCCUAAAUGCGAAGAACCCGAGUACAGGUCACCGACGUUAUUUAUGGAUACAACGUCCCAACCGACUUACAUGGAUAACUCGUAUCGGCCACAAUCUCCACCCGGAAGUCCACCACCUCCAGCACCCGAGGAUCCCGUAUUUCCUAGACCGCUAUCAUCCGCACUGUCACUGAGUUUACGUCAAUUUCACAAUUCUACCAAAGAACUUAAUUCGCUACAUCAGUUUCACAAUUCUUCUAAGGAUCUCGACAUUAUGCACCAAUUUCAUAAUUCCUCCAAAGAUUUGGACGUGUUACACCAACACCGAUCUGGUGCUAUAGUCGUGGCCAAUAAAUCUGAUUCUGGUCUGUCAUCAAUGAGUGGUGGAUUGUUGUCCAGCUACGAAAAAUCUCCAUGUUCACCAGGAAAGCGAGUGUUUGAYCAAUCGUAUCAGAUUUCGAUGGCUGGUCCGUCCGGAUUAACGGUAGUAACGUGCGUAACCACUGCAUUUGAUACCGAUUAUCCAUACUACGAUAGAUCGACAGGUGUGUAUUCGACGGCUGGUCAAGGGUAUAAGUACCAGACUACUAAUACAAAACAGUCAUCUAUAUCUAAUGUACCGGACCUGUUGGACGUAAUGUCGUACAGAGAAUACAAAAAACCCUCGGAACCACGGUAUCCUGGUAUUACAGAUGCGUUGACCUAUUAUCCAAACACCAUUAACGAUACAUAUUAUGGUAGAGAAAACGACAGGCUGGAUAAUAAUCAACCUCGCUAUAGGUAUAUGGCAUCAUCUAACUUUCAGAUUCGUUGUGAAGAUGAUGGUUCAAGGCGAGAAGAAAAAACAAAAAAAUCUAAGCGUAACAUAAUCAAAUCGGCUAUGAACACAGUCAGUAGUUCGGUAAGUAAUUGGUUUCCAGAUAUUCACCUGCCACAACGGCAUCGAUCUCAUUCACUUCCGGGUGGUUUGGAAAAGGAACCCGACGCGGUUUCCGUGCACAGUGAGACAGCGACCACGUCAAAACCGCGUAGUUGGAACACACAAAGGCACGGUAGUCGUAAGAAAAAAAAAUCAAUUGUGUCUACCAUGUCUGGGCUGUUACAUAAAACCGCUAAACCUGCUCCUUUUCAGAGCUCCUAUUCAAUAGCAGAUCCGGAAUUUGCGGAAAAUGAAUGGACUCAGUUAAAAGCUGGAGAUAGGCCAACACCACCAGAACCACCACCCCUACAACCACCAGAGCCAGCUAAUAUUACUGUAGAGAAGCAGGAAGAAGAGGUACAAGAACAGAUUAACGAAAUUCAGUUACCAGCUGAAAUGUUCAAUGGCCCGACUAAAGAAUUUGCCGUGUCUAGAAAGUUGAGUAAAUACAGAGAACACUGUAAGCUUUCGAAUGGAGCGCCAGAAGGUGAAUCGUCAGUAAUCCCAGUAGAAAAACGUAACAAAUCAUUAGAAGAACAGCCUUUUAAACCUCACGAAGAGUUUGUGCAGCCAACAAAUAAUACAAGAAAUUUCAAAAUGUCAUCUAGACAAGCAAGUUUAGAGGUACCGUGGGCUGGCAAAGGAUCCGCAGACACUGAAGAUGACAGUAGAAGCAACCAUUCAUGGAGAAGUACAUCUAGAAUUUCGUCUAGACGGCAAAGUACUGAAGAAAGCAUCGAUAGUGACGAUGAAUGGUAUUGUUAUGAACUAAAACAAUUAGAAGAACUAGAAAAAAAAACUCAUUUUGAACGUGUAUUCGGUCCACCUAUGUUACCAACACCCAGUGCCCGAAGUGAAUCAUCCGUACUUAUAUCUAAAGUUGAUUUUAAAGAAAAAAUGUCGAAAGCCAUUGAAGACAUAAGAAGACAAUCAGUAGAUGAAUCUUUCAACGAAGACGCUUUCGAACAAGAGCAAUCCUUGGAUACGGUCAUUGAAGAGGAAUUAACACAAGACGAUGGACCUAUUAAGUUCAAGUUAAUGAAAGUACCGGAUACUCCGGGUGGCAUUAAAAGAGAUCUUCCAGGUCAAGACCUAGAUCUGGAAACGGAACAGGAACCAGAACCGGAAACGGAAACGGCUGACGAACAAAUGGUCGUCGAAGAGGAUGAAAGUCCCGGUACACCGUCAUUGCCCAGGUUUAAAUUUGAUAAAAACGAUUUAGUAGAUAAAGAAGAGAGUGGCAGUAAAUGGAAAAUCGUGAAAGCUCUCAAAGAAAAAAAACCCGACGARAUAAACCAGGAUAUUGGACCUCCACCUACUCCAAUUAUCGAGAAUGGAAGAGGGAGCGGCGAAAACAUUAAUAGAGCGAAUGGACACCCUGGAGACAAUCCGUUUUAUAGCAACAUCGACAGCAUGCCGGAUAUUCGACCCAGGAGAAAAUCUAUACCUCUUGUCUCGGAACUGGUUCUCAAGACAAUGGCUGCCACAAAAAGAAACGCAGGACUGGCGUCGGGAGUUCCACGUCCCACACUCAACGACGAAGAACUGAAAAUGCACGUGUACAAAAAAGCUCUGCAAGCUCUAAUCUAUCCAAUAUCGUCGACCACGCCGCAUAAUUUCGUCUCGUGGACUGCGACUUCGCCGACGUAUUGUUAUGAAUGUGAAGGGCUGCUGUGGGGCAUCGCCCGGCAAGGGGUACGGUGCACCGAAUGCGGGGUCAAGUGCCACGAGAAGUGCAAAGAGCUCUUAAACGCCGACUGUUUGCAAAGAGCGGCCGAAAAAAGUUCCAAGCACGGUGCCGAAGAUAAAGCUAUAUCAAUUAUACAGGCGAUGAAGGACAGAAUGUUGCAACGCGAACGAGAUCAUCCAGAGAUUUUCGAACUCAUCAGAACCAUGUUUUCUGUGGAACCUGAUAUGCAUAUCGAUUCCUUGGAGCAAGCGGAAGCUAUCGUUCUUGAAGGCACUUCUAAAUGGUCGUGCAAAAUCGAAAUAACAGUAAAAUGUGCUCAAGGACUCAUCGCAAAAGACAAAAGUGGUACAUCAGAUCCAUACGUAACUGUUCAAGUGGGUAAAGUGAAAAAAAGAACGCGAACUAUGCCUCAAGAGCUCAAUCCUGUUUGGAAUGAAAAAUUUUAUUUCGAAUGCCAUAAUUCUUCGGAUCGAAUCAAAGUCAGGGUAUGGGACGAAGACAACGACCUAAAAUCAAGACUCAGACAAAAAUUAACCAGAGAAUCGGACGAUUUUUUAGGACAAACUAUUAUCGAGGUUCGGACAUUGUCGGGCGAAAUGGACGUUUGGUACAAUCUCGAAAAAAGGACUGAUAAAUCAGCGGUAUCCGGUGCUAUUCGAUUACAUAUCAAUGUAGAAAUCAAAGGGGAGGAAAAAGUCGCUCCUUAUCAUAUCCAAUACACGUGUCUUCAUGAAAAUCUAUUUCACUCGCUGUGCGAAAACAACGCUGGAAUAGUUCACCUGCCUCAAGCUAAGGGAGAAGAUGGAUGGAAAUUGUAUUUUGAAUCCCCCGCGCAAGAUAUCGUCGACGAAUUCGCCAUGAGAUAUGGCAUAGAGUCCAUUUACCAAGCAAUGACACACUUUCAUUGUCUUUCAACGAAAUAUUUAUGCCCUGGCGUCCCAGCGGUAAUGAGUACUUUGUUGGCGAAUAUCAAUGCCUACUAUGCACACACAACAUCUAGUUCCGCCGUUAGCGCAAGCGACCGUUUCGCAGCAUCUAAUUUCGGAAAAGAAAAAUUCGUAAAGCUGCUUGAUCAGCUACAUAAUUCGCUCAGAAUAGAUUUAUCAAUGUAUAGAAAUAACUUUCCGGCAUCCAGUCAAGAAAAAUUAAUGGAUCUUAAAUCGACUGUCGAUUUGUUGACCAGUAUCACAUUUUUCAGAAUGAAGGUACAAGAACUUUCAAGUCCGCCCAGAGCUAGUACCGUCGUCAAGGACUGCGUCAAAGCAUGUCUAAGGUCCACUUAUCAAUUUCUGUUUGCUAAUUGUUAUGAUUUAUACGGCAGAGAAUAUCAGACUGAUCCAAAUGAAAAAAGAGAUGAAGACACGGGACCAAAAUUAGAUGAUUUAGGCUUUUGGGAUAAGCUUGUAGCACUCGUUGCUUCCGUAAUUGAAGAAGAUAGAAAUAGUUAUGCACCUGUUCUAAGUCAAUUCCCAGCAGAACUCAAUAUAGGACAGUUGUCCGCGGCAACAAUGUGGAGCUUCUUCGCCGUAGACAUGAAGUAUGCCCUAGAAGAGCAUGAAACACACAGGCUUUGUAAAACUUCAGCAUACAUGAACCUACAUUUCAAAGUAAAAUGGCUGUUUACUAAUUAUGUAAAAGACGCACCGCCGUACAAAGACGCAAUUCCCGAGUACCCAUCUUGGUUUGAACCGUUCGUAAUGCAAUGGCUUAACGAGAACGACGACGUAUCUUUGGAAUAUUUGCACGGAGCUUUUAACAGGGACAAAAAAGAUGGGUUUCAAAGAAGUUCGGAGCAUGCGUUAUUUUCCAACUCAGUGGUGGACGUAUUCACUCAGCUWACACAAUGUUUUGGGGUUAUAUCAAAAUUGGAAUGUCCUGACCCUGAGAUAUCCAAUCGAUACAUGAAGAGACUUGCCAAAACAAUUGUCAAAGUGUUAUUGGCAUACGUAGACAUAGUUCAAAAAGAAUUUGACGCUAAAGAGCUAGAUGAAAGAACUGCUUGUAUAUUAAUGAAUAACAUCCAACAACUACGAGUUCAACUAACAAAAAUGUUUGAAUCAAUGGGUGGUAAACAACUGGAAGAAGAUGCUACAGAUAUUCUAAACGACUUACAAACACAAUUAUUAAAAGCUUUAGAUGAACUAUCUGGAAAAUUCGGAAAAAGUUUGGAACCUCAAAUUAAAAAAAGUGUCAAAGAACUGGGUGAGUUAUUGCAAAGUAUCAAAGGAGGUAGCCAAAAUCCCCAACAAGUGUCCAUGAUGGAAGUAGACGAAAUAUUAAGACCAUURAUGGAUCUAAUGGAUGGCUCGUUAUCAUUAUUUGCUCAAACUUGCGAGAAACCCGUUCUAAAACGAAUUCUUCGUGAAUUGUGGAAACUUGUGAUAAGAAUAUUGGAAAGAUCAGUAGUUCUACCACCAAUGAUGGAUAAAAGUAUGAUAUUGAAAAACCUUAGUGAAAACGCUAGAUCACUGGCAGCUAAUGCUAGAAUUGAAGACAUGUCCAGAUUAAUAAGAAAUCACAUGGCUGGAAAGCAAGACGUUAAAAAUGCUCUAACUGGAGUGAUGGAUAUGGAAAAGAACUUGAACACUAAGCAAUGCAGGGUCUUAGAAUCCGCACUGAAAACAAUCAAGACAUAUUUCCAUGCCGGCGGAAAUGGACUAAAAAAGAAGUAUUUGGAUAAGAGCUCAGACCUUUUGUCUCUGUGCUAUGCUUUGUCACUUUAUACAAGAUCCACAGACGAACUGAUCAAGACGUUUGUGUUGUCACAAUUGCAUCAAGUGCCACAAAAAAAUGAUCCAUUACCCCGGCAACCRUCACUGAUGAGUGGUACUGAAGUAAAAGAUGAAAUGGACGAAAUGGAUUAUGACGAAGACGACGAAACAGAAGAGGAAGAAGCGUUAGAUGAAGCAGAAGAAGAUGUAAAAUCAAUGGGAAGUCGAAUGGAAAAACUAUUUGAAAUUUCAAGGAGACCAUUACAAGAAAAUUACGUAUAUGAAGAACCUUAUGGAGAAAUUUCUAUUAACGUUUACAUUGAAACACAUCCAACAAAUAACGAAUUUAAGCUCACUGUAACAGUGGUUGCUGCUAACACGCUGGUAUGGCCAACGACCGGUAUGUUUCGACCGUUCGUCGAGGUAAACCUCAUUGGACCGAGACUAGCGGACAAGAAAAGAAAACAGUCGACGAAGAGCAAGUCGGGCAGUUGGAGCCCUAGAUACAACGAAGCGUUCGUAUUUUCGAUUAGCGCAAUCGAAGAUUUGGAAUGUUACGAAUUGCAUUUUUGUGUGAAAGACUACUGUUUUGCUCGGGAAGAUCGGCUCGUUGGCGUGGCGGUUUUGCAGAUGCGACACGUUCCCAUAAUGGUCCGUACCGGUGAGUGGUUAGGCCUCGGCAGGCGGAUACAAAUGAACGAGACUGGGUGGACGAUUUUGCGGAUACUUUCACAGAGGUACAACGAUGACGUUGCUAAGGAAUUCGUGAAGCUCAAGUCGGAGACCAGACAGGAAGACCAGUCGUCCGUGCAGGGGUCGUAAACGCAAACCGACGUGGGUAUUCAUCACCAAUAGUCUUCCAUUGAAAACAAAAAAUUAAGACUAGUUAAAAUAAUAAAUUAAGUUCGAUAUAUUAUUGUACAAAAAAAAAAAUAAUAAUAAUAAUAAUGAAAAUCUAUCAAGUAAGAGUUGUGAAUAGUAAUAACUUAACAAGGGCACAAACACAAUGGAAGUUCUUGUUGCAAUAUUUUUAUUGUAAUAUAGUCGGAAAAGUGAUAGUUUUGAAGCGAAAUAAUAACGUUGGUCUUUUUCAUAUUAUUCGUUUUUCGUGUAAAAAAAAAAAAUAUUUACGUUCGUAGUAAUAAAUUCUGAAAGAAAAAA